UACAAUCAGUUUAAAUACUAUCUAGAUAAUUAUCUUCACUUUAAAUUUAGACAAUAUCUUUUAGUUUGUGAAUUGAUAACCUCUGAGAAGUGAUAGAGCUAUAAUCCGCUGGCUGAAGGAGAAAAGGACAACUCACCGAUUACGAAAAGUUGAGUCUCUCUCAUAACAAAAAAAAAACCAAACAGCACAUAGCCCAUUCCUCUCCUCUAUCCCCAUUUUUUUUCCUUCAUUGAUCUAUCUCUCCCUAGAUGGACCAACAAGAACUCACCCGGGCCCUUACGGCGAAAGACACGUCUAGCGUUGUAGGCUUGUUGAUUGACUUGCACACGGAGCUUGACAGCCACACAAUUGCGGAAGAAACUGGACAAGAUCUGGACACUACACAAGAGCAUGAUUUCAACUACUCUGGCUGUUUGGACCAGCUCACGUCCAUCUACGAUACAUACACCAAGGAGGAAACAACAACAAAUAAGAAGAAGGCUACCACAGCAGAUGAAGGAGACACCGAUCCGGAUCUACAAGCCGAAUCAUCCAUUGCCCUUUCCAAGAUUCUCUCUCGUGAUUUUGUGUUGACUUUCCAUCACCUUCCAACAAAAGUGUACGACUUUGCCAAUCUGUUGCUCGGGAAAUUGGCCGUCAACAACGAUGAGUUACUUGACCCACACGCGCAAGUGGCUGUGAUUCUUCUCAUUGAUCUUUUCGAGUCCUUCCCCACUUCCUUGGGCUCAUUGAUAAGCUUUGCCGUUUCCCAAAUCUACAAAAUCAUCAAGAAACUGCCACAUACCGCCAGUCACUCCAUAGUGUAUCUUCUCGCAACCAUCACCGAGAAUGCCACCAAGUUUGACAUUGACGACAAGCUUCAACAGAAGCUUUUGAAGCUUGUUUCGAAGGCGGUCGUCUCAGUGCCAAUUCUCACACAACAACGGGACGACGCUGAAAGCAGCACCCAUACAGUGUCAACUACAGUGCUAAGCAAGAGAAAUUAUGUCUUGGUGUUGAAAAAUUUGCUUAUACUUACAGUUUCCACCCAUUACGAGGGACUUUUGGCUCUUUCCGCCAGUCUGCUGGGUGCUGGUCUGAAAUUGAAACCGGAACAAAUCAUGGUCCAACAGCAUACCUUCCAAACUUCCUUGUUGACCCAGUAUGAAAAAGUUAUCACUUUUGGACUCACCAACUUUGUUCAAGAAAUUAGACUUGCCACCGUUGAACUUUUGGCCCAUUUGUUUGUAAAUUUCAUCCCUACUGGGAAAUUCCUGGCCAUGGAAUAUCUUGUGAAGGAAUACAAAUUCCCAGAAUUGAAUGAUUGGGAUUUAUCUACCAAUAGAGAAAGGGAUGAAUUUUCCGAAAGCUCCGAUAAUACAAGUGUUUCGAAUGGUGGUGUAACAUCCCGUGCCUUCAAUUCUGUCGCCUCUCAUGAUAGCACUGCUAUCAUCAAUGUGUCCACCACACAACUACUUCACCAGAUCAGUAUAUCGGAAACAAUUGUCUUGUACGUUCAAUUGGAACAAUUCCAAAACUUGGACUACUUAUCCAACAACUUGAUAAGCCAUUUGGAUUUAAUCUUGACGAAAUUUGGUGAACUUAAUGUUGCUAUAAACCAUAUACAGAACCAGCAUUGGUCCAAGGUGCUUGCCCAAUGGACGAAAUUGGUUGGAUUUAUGAUUCGGGAAUGUGGCUCAAGCUCACAUGAAAUGCUCUUGAGUUACAUAUCAGAGAAAUUUAACGGGAAAAAUGGGUUGGGCCAAGGUGCUGGAUCUUCCGAACAACCUAAUUUUUUGAGUAAGGAUAAACGUAGAGAAUCUGGACUCUUUAGCUUUAAAUCCGGCAAACUUCACCAAAAGAAACAAGCGAGAGAAUUAAAGAUUAAAGAAAUCAAUCCUUUUACAAAUCCUUAUCAAUGUUACUUUCUUCUCAAGAUUCUUGAUAAACUUCUUCCCUUGGGGAUUAAUUUUACCAGUAUGAAUAAGGAAGAAUCGACCAUCACUGAGGAUGAAGAAGAUGGUCGGUCCGGAUCAUCAACUGAAGAACCAUUCAUUAGAGAUAUUCUUUUCAAGUUGAUUCUCAACAAUAACCAAUACAUUAGAAACUAUGCCUUAAAGACCUUUUUGGUUUAUGCCGCAAAUAAUGAAGUAGAAGUUAAUCAACUCAUUCUUAAGACUUUCAAUUUGAUCAAUGCUGAAUUCAAAUCAACAAGCUCCACUACUACGUUUGUCAACAAUUCCAAUGAAAAUAUGUCUUCUUCUCUUAAGGUACGUUUGAUUAGCUAUUCGUUGACUUUACUGUCAUUUUUGAAGCAGGCCAACUACACAGACUUGCAAACGUCGACUAUUGUAAAGAUUUUGAGUUUCUGUACCCAGAACUUGAAGCUGAACAAUCACAGUAGCAACUCUCAUUUGAAGAACUCAUCAUGUUGGAUUAUUUUGACUGCUCUCGUGACCAUGUACAACGAUUCAGAUUUUGUUAAAUUGAACUCGUCUUCAUUCUUGGUGUUCUGGAAGAGUUUACUUACCACCCAAUACAUUUCCACCAAUACUUCAGGAGAAAAUGAAGAAGUGGACGUUAUUAACAACUUGCAGUUGAGAAACUUCAGUUUGGUAUGCUUAUUGAACUAUUUGAACACAGCAGAUAUGACCCCAGAGGCAUUGAAACAAUUCCAACUCUUGCUUGCCAAAUCGUACAAUUAUUUGACCCAUUUAGAAAACAUCUAUGAACUGGUUGGAGCAGUGACCAAUUUCAACAAUCAAAGAUUUAAUGAAAAUGACUAUAAUGUGAAUUUAUUGAACAAUAUUCAAUACGGUGAUGAUUGUGACGUGUUGCUGUCUGAAAAACAAUUGAUCAGUUUGAUUCUCUACAAUAAAAAGAUUCUUUUCCAGCUGUACACCAAAAUUGCCGGCAUGCUUAAGAAUGACAUCAAUUCGAACAUGGUCAUCUUCCUCUUGAAGAUUUUCAGUGAUUCGAAGAUAUUCUGUAGGACUUCGAGCACUUCAGAGAUAGCCAAAGAAAAACUGAAGUCUUCCAAAAAUAAGAGCGGUAAGGAUAUUUUAAAUGAUUAUGACGAGUCUGCCAUUCUUUUACAAGAAGAUUAUAACUACAGCUUUGGGGUGACUAGUAAAUGGAUUCCUUCAACCAGCGAGGUUGACGAGUUAAAGGUUAAACACUCGGAAUCUCAAUCUGUGACAACUUUGAGGGAAUCCAAUACAAGUUUCUUGUACCAAGAUCCGUUUGGAACCACUGGAGAAUGGUUCAAAUCUUUUGAGGAUCUUGUUUACCAGAACACUGAUAAUAGUAUUAACUAUGAUACUAGCGCUUUUGUAUUACAGGAAUAUUCCCAACAUCAACAAUAUUCUACCAAUUUAACCACAUCUUUAGUUGAUUUGUCCAUUGAGCUUUUCCAGAUUGUUUUCCCAUUCCUCGCACACAAGAUUCAAAUGUCAUUACUCGAACAAAUGCGUAACUCUCUUACAGGUUCUGGUAGUAUAGAUCCAUUACGUCUUAAGGCUGUUGGGAUCAACAUUUCCAUUGUAGCUUAUGGGUUAGCACAUGGAAAUCACAAGAAGGCUCUUGACAAAGAUAUUGUAGCUGUUUUAUUAGACAUUUUGUCAAAGGUUCAGACCAAAAAUAAACAGCUCAUGGAAUUAAAUUGUCAAUCUGUUGGUGCCUUUGCAAAAUCUAGUGAUCCAGCUACUGUGAAUAUCCUUAUUAAUAAAUUCAUUGCCGAUAUUGUUGGUGAUACUGACCCUUAUAAGCGUGGACAAUCAAUUUUAAGUUUGGCCCAUAUUUAUCAAAACACAGACUUAGAAUUUGGUGAAAUCUUCAAUGUAACCCAGCAGUUACUUGCCGACCCAAACCCAAUUGUUUACUACUACUCUUUACAAACUAUGCAAGUUUUAUUCGAAAAGAAUUUGGAAAAUUUGCAUUUAAUUGCUGAAGUUUUGGGAAAAGUCUAUGACAACUUUUUGAAUAAUAAUUUUGGAUAUGAUAUCAGUAGUAAGAUUUUGAUUAAUUCCAAAUGUCAAUAUAGUGGCGUGGGUCAAUUGUCUGCCUUGCUCAGAUUGUUCGUUACUAUUUUGGGUCCCAACUUACGCGAAGAAUCAAGUGGAGUUAGACUACAAUUGAAGAACUUGUUGAUCUUGUUGAGAGUAGGUGUUGGAUGUGUGACCAAUCAGGAUAGUUUCCUUGUGAAUAAAAACUUACUUCUUCUCUUCCAGGAACUUGUCAUCUUUGAUCCAACCCUUAUCGAAGAGGAAGUGCAAUUUAUCACAAGAUAUGUAGUUCUGGUGAUCCUGAAGAACGUCAAGGUAGGUUUAUCAUGUACAUCUGCGACCUCUCAACAACGAGAACUGCUUUUCCCUUUCAAUUCAAGUUUUGAGCUUUAUAAAUUGGCAUAUGUUUGCUUUGCCGAGCUUAUCAAGAUCCAUGGACCGGAAAAGAUUUUGAGCAAAAGUGCUGUAAACUUGUUAUGGAUAAGUAUGAACAUGAAACCAUGCGAAGAACUGAAAGAAUUGAUUAGAUUUUGGCUUGGAUCAUCCAAUUAUGAUGCUCACUGGUUCAACACUUUGAGUUCCAUAUUCAAGAUUUCAUCGAAAAAAUUAGUUGCGCCAUUCAUAGAAGUGAACUAUCAACAAAAGUUGUUACCAUUGCUGCAAAGACAAAAGAAGAAAGCUGCUGGUGUGUCCAAGGCUGUGAUAUUUAGAGAUGAAGAAAUUGAAAAUAUCGUCAGCGAAGAUGCUACUUCCUCUGACAAAAACGAACCAAUCACUUGGGAAUUCAAAUUAUUCAUCUUUGAAUUAUUGAACGAAUUAUUAUUGGCAGCUUCAAGGAAUGAUCAACUUCUUCAACAUUUGAAAUUGAAGAUCCAAGAUAUUGUAAAUAUAUCGUUCUUGGGUUCAACAUCUCCAAUUUCAGAGAUCAAGUUGCAAGGGGUAAAGUUAUUAGACAAGGCUCUUCUGGUUUUUGGAGACAUACCUGAUCCAUUAUACCCAGGCGUAUCCAUUUUGGAACAACAACAAGCACAGAUUAUUAGUGCAUUGAUGCCAUGUUUCAGUCCAGACAGUGGAGCAUCGAUUAUCGUGGAGACCAUUAACAUCUCAUCCAAGUUUAUUAAUCUUCCAAGAAUUAAGUUUUAUUCCAAGCAGAGAAUUUUAAAGACUUUGAUUGAUUUAUUGGAAGAAUUGUCAUCGAAUAAAUUUUUAAGAUUUGAUUAUUUGGAAAAUAUGUCCGAGUUCAACAAGAAGUCUAUUCAAUUAUCUAUCUUGAACUGUUGGGCCAUCUUGAAAAUUGAUGAAGAUAUUUUGGGUAAUGCAGCUGAGACAGAACUUACCGAGACUUUGGAUAAAUACUCAGACUUGCUCACUUCUCUCUGGAUACUUGUACUUCGCGAGUACUCCACAAUAAAAUUCAAUGAAUCCUCAUCCUCAGAAAAGGAGAUUGCGAAUUACAGCAACUAUUGGAUAAAUUUCAUCAGUGUGUUGAGUUUAGAAUUGGGUAAGAAUGACCAUUUCAUUAGAGACACUUUAGGAGAUGAUGCUGGAAAUUUCUUCUUUAUCCUAUUCAGUCAAUGUGUUGAAUCACUUGUGAAGAACAAAAACGUUACUGAAAUCUUAGUGUCCAUGAAUAGACUAGUCAAGAGUCAAGAUCUUAUUGUUUAUAUUUUUAAUGAUGAGAUAUUUGGCGAGCUUGUCGAUUUAUUUGAUCGGUUAAUUUUAAUUGACGAAGAUCCCGAAAUCAAGUCUCAAGUGAUUGAAAUUGUUAAUGGAAUGUUUAAUACAUAUUUUGAUAUACAGAGUGAUCUCACUGAAGGUCUUGAUAAACUUUUUGAAUUGAUUAGAGUUUCAAUGCUACCACUUUUCAACAUCUUGCCUAUUUUAAAGAGCGAUUACGAUCCAGAAAACAAGGAAUCACAGUAUGCAUUGAAACAUGCAGACAGCGCUCCAAACUUGUUGAUGUUGAAGAAAUGUUUCAGCAGCGUCGUGGAAAUGAUGUCACGAUUCCCAGAUUUAGUUAAAGUUGAUUUGUAUUCUUGUUUGUUGUUUAUGUUUGCAAAAGUAUACGAAUAUGGUAAUCCAUUAUUGAUCCUGACGGUUCUUCUGCAUUUGAAACAAGUUCUUGGUGAGUCCAAAAACUUUGCCAAUGUCGAUCUUGUGACUCCUUUCAGUGGUUUGAUCCAAAGCCAUUACCAAAUAAGUGCCGACAAUGUAAAUUCAGUUUUGACCAGUAUGGUGCUCAUUACGACUGGAGAUGUACAAAUUCUGAAGGAAAACUCUCAACGUCUAGGUGAUGCCUUGGUAGAACUCUUGGCCAAUGCAAACUCUGCGACGAUGGCAGUCCAUUGCAUUAAGACCUUGAUACAAUACUCCGGGACUCAAGUGCAACUACCAGUUGUUCGUUUCUUGAUCAAGGCAAUGGUCGAGGUGUUGGUUGAAGGCACCAGUGAGAUUGACAACAAGGUUGCCAUGGAGAUUCUUCUUGUGUUUGCCAAGAGCAAACAUGAAGAAGAUGGUGUACAGAUUUAUAGUUUGUUGGUUCCUUUGUUACUCAAGUUGGGCGACGGUGGUGAAUUAGACUCCACUUACGUUCGCGGGAAGGUGACCUCAUUAGUCGAGCUGAAUGCAACUGCUUUCAAAGUGGUGUUGAACGAUGUCUUAACCACAGAACAAAGAGCUCAAAUUGAAGACUUGGUCAAGGGCCGCCCUGGUGCAGUGAACCAAAGUUUACCUGAUGAGCAACCAGAGAUCCAAUUAAAAACAUUUGGAGAAAAAUAAAAUGCU